AUGGCCGAUAUGACGAUUUUGGAUGCGCUGCAGGCGUUCCACCGAGAGCUUGUCGCUCUAAACGAAGGUCAUGGCGACGGGAGUACCAUCGACAACGAAGCCCUCGUCGAAAACUUUGAGCGUGAGCUCGAGCGAGUGUGGGAGCGCCCACGGAGGAGCGAAGAGAGCAGAAACUCGAUCAAGUCUGGAAAAAUUGUUCUCGACGGAACCGAAUUCUCUAUCAAUGACGACUUCCAGCGAGACGCGUUGAUCCUCGCGGACGAGCUCGAAAUCGAAGAACUUGAUGCCGCGCGUUUCCUUCUCGACUCUCAUGAUGACAUUCCGAUACUCGGUCGGCCACUUUUUGAAUGCGCCAUCAUUCGUUUUCAUCAGCAGCGAAAAUACGCGCUCGACAUUUUGCGCCUUCUCUUCGAAAUCUACUCACUCGAAAACAACGAUGAGGAGUCGACUCCCCUCGAUGGCAUCAAAGCUUACGUCGAAGCACGUAUGCUGCAAGCCAGCGCGACUGGUCAGAAGCGCAACGUACCACGAUACAUGACUGCUAUGGCCGAAAUAAAAACAUCUUUGCAAAAGUUGGGCGACAAAAUUGCGGCCGCCCAGGCAAUGGGGCAAAUUAUCAUGUCCGAGGAAAUGGAGACUGUCGAGUAUUCGCGCAUCAGUCUUAUUCAGCAGCAUGAAUCUUUGGCUGUGAUUCUCUGUCGAGCCGUCUCCAAGAGGCAGGCUGAAACCGCUGAUUUCAUGAACUUUGUUGGUAUCUUGAAGCGGACUGAUAAAUACGAUUGCCUGCUAGUACAUUUACUGCCUGCUCUUGGUGCAUUCACUGUCCAGUUCGGCUCUCCAGAGAGCGGUAUGGAUCUCACCCGAGCUCAAGAUAUUCAUUCGAAGCUUUUUGCCGCCGCGGAUGACUCCGCUUGGCCACUGCCGUACCUUCAGGCCGCGUUCAAGGCCUGGUGGCUGGCAGAGUAUUCGGGCUACUGGGCCGACGAACCGUCUGGCCUGCCUGACUCUGAGGUAGUCAAGGAAGAUCGCGAGAGGUCGAAGGCUUUUGUGGAUGCCUUGAAGGAUGGCGCCUUUGAUUUUCUGUUGACCGCUGCAACAGAUGUUCGCGCACCCGACUGGCAUGACCCUGUCCGAGCAGGCAUGCGCAAAUGGCUACAACGAAAGUCGACGCCACUUCCCGCCGAUGUUGUUCAAUUCUCCGACUACCUUCAGCUGCGCUUCAUGUGCCAAUUGGAAUUAUUCGUCGAGUCCUUCAUUUCCAACAUGCCUGAUGUUCUACGCAAACUCCGAGUUGAGGAAGACGAGCAACGCCAGCUCAGCCAAGUCCAUGAGCAGGACCUCGACCUAGAGCGUUUUCUCCUGAUAAUUGCAUACGCCUAUGAACGCCGUCCCGAUUCGGCGGCUGCUUUCUGGACAGAUCCGGAUAGCAAUAUGGCCGGUUUUAUGCACUGGGCAUCGCGGCGCGCAUCGACACCGCUGGUCGCCGCAUUUUGCGAAAUGCUGCAAGCAAUCUCUGAAAACGACGAGUGUGCGACAGCAGCCCACGAGUUUCUGCUAGAUGAGGGUCAUCAUUCGUCUGGGAAGAUGCGACGAACGCAAUCGCUUACGUGGUCGCAGAUCUUCCGUGAGCUAGAGUUCUUUGCGGAAAAGAUUAAGCAAAAGCCCAUGGCCACACCCACGACACGUUACCGUAACGUGAAACCCAGUACAGAUGUGGUGGAGACGGAGCCUGAAUCUGCAAUGAUGCUGGAAUGCUACCUACGGCUCAUGACCAAACUGGCAUCUGAAAGCGAGACUGCCCGACAAUUUUUGCUACGGAAUUCCGAAUAUUCCGUUGUUGACAAAUUUCUCGAGCUUGCCAGUAGCCAAAUACCAUCACGACUCCGCGGCUGUAUAUUCAUGGCGCUGAAAGCGUUGAUUACGCGAAAAACGUUAGAGGAGAGCAACCUCAUGUGGCUGUGCCUGGACAAUUGGAGUACGGGCCAAUAUACUCAGCCUCUUGCACAUCCAAGUGGAUCUUUACGGCAAGGGCAGGCACAGCCUAUUGUUUCCAUGGAUCGCAUUCUAGAUGAGAUGAGCAACGGUUUCGAGGAGCCGGAAGCGCUUACGAAGCUUCUGUUAGCUCUAGUAUCACCUGCAGUUGAUGAGAGUCCCCUCAAUGACUCACUUCCAUUUGGUGACACUCUCGGAGCAUCCGCCCGGGGCAUCGAAGCAUAUGUUGACUUCGUUGUCGGCCAAGUGUUUGCUACCAAGUCGCAAGAUCUCCAGGACAUUUACCAAACGCGAGUUCUACGACUCACAUGCCUUGAGUUCAUGUUGACUUGUCUGAAUACGUUCAACGAAGACCUCAUCGUCAUGGCUAAUGCCACCAAUCUUGCUAUUGACUCCUCCAUUGCCACGGUCGACUUGGCAACAUAUGUCACCAAGCAUCCAUUCGCCAGGGUUAUGGAGUGGAUGUACAAUGACAAAGUGAUGACAGCUCUCUUCAAUUCCAUCCAUCAAACGCCAAUGGAAGUGGGUAAUGCGGCUCCUGACUCGCCCCUCAUUCUGGGUGUCCUCCGGGCCGUCGAGCUCAUUUCCAAGGUCAUGGAUCUCGAGACGACGUAUCUGGACUUGGUGCGACCUUUAAUAAAAAAGAACAACCCCCAACGACAGCCGGUUGCUAAUGCCCCAUACGCAUCUUUUGGAGAUGGACUUGUCACACGGCUGAGCUUGGUAGUGGACCUCGGCAACUACUGCGGCAUCGGUCAUUCUGAACUUACGCUCGCAUGUCUACAGCUUCUCGGUAGAAUGUCGUCUUCUUCUAGAAUCGCGUCCGAAUGGUCGGGCUCGGCUCGGGCUGGUCAUCGGAACAAGGCUGUUGUUGCAAUGGAAGCCAAUGGCGAGCACGAAUCCAUAGCAAGAGCCUUCAUUUCCGAGCUACAGGCUCCCCUGGAACCUGGCCGAGAGGCUGAUUCGACAAGCUAUAUCACAAAGUGCUAUGUUCUUGAUUUUCUCCUACAAUGCCUGAAAGAGACUCCGAAACGUCCAACAAUUGCACAUUUGCUUCUAGGCUUCAAAUGCGGCGCUGACUCUCUGUCAAUUGAAAAUGGCGGCGCAUUCGCUAAGAGGUUCUCGCUAUUCCACACCUUGAUAAGCCUAUUGAUGGAGUUGCCCUCGGCGGAUGCUCAAGGUAUGAGGGGGCCGCUCAUUUCACUCAAACGCAGAGCAAUGCGCAUUAUGCAGGUACUCUGGAGCUCUCCCCUCUCAUCAAAGCUUGUCAUACAGGAACUACGGGACAACGAAUUCUUUUUCCAUCUGCUGGUUCGCGAGACCAUCAUUCAACCCAACAUUCCGUGGGAGGGUCAGGACGUGGCCGUGGCGUACUUCCCGUUGACGUCCGGAUCCCUUGCUUUGUCAGACUUUCUCGUCUUGAGGCGGAUGGUGCUGGAGUAUUUUGCGAUGGAGCUGUGCAUGAUAUCGCAGGGCCGCAUGCCAAGCGUCAAACGACGUAUUUUCGAGGCGCUGAAUGGCCAGAUACUCGACGAUGAGAACGAGCGCAUUCAGACGCCUACAAUUUUCGACUUGUACGACUUCCCACUACCAUCAAAUCUAUGGGAAGUGCCCAACCCUCAAAUAGAGUUCUACCAAGAUCUCGAUAUCACAAUUUGCUUACAGGAUGAUGGAGACGGCAACCGCAUGCACAACCUCGACCGCGUAAAGGAAAUGCUCUUAAUAAAGCGAAACGAAAAGAGCCGAGGCCAAUUCAAGGAGGUAUUAGCAACAACUCAGAGUAUUGCGGCAAUUGAAAGGGAAGAGGUAAUGAUUCACGAGCAUCUGGCAUCGACCGAUCGCCAGCAGCAGCUAGCUCGACAGAGCCUAGAAGUGCUGAGGUCGUGGACGAAACUGCUUCUCAUCAUGGUUGAGUGCAACGACUUUGAGGGAACAGCCCGCACCACAUUCUUCUUGCAAACGCUGCAGGCCAUUCUUCCCAGCCUAGAGUUAUUUGCUUCUGACCGCCCGGUAGAGGCCAUGGACCUCGCCAACCUCGCCAGGAUUCUGCUUUCGCGCCUAGACCUAAAGGAAUCGAGCACAGCCGACAAGCAAGGAAGGGCCAUUGGCAACCUCAUACACGACAAGUUAUUUCAGCUCUUUGAAAUAUGCCUACAAGCCAUCAGCAAGUGGGCGGGCGGGCAAGAGCUACGUGCCGUCUACUACGAAAUUUGUUACCGAUACAUCACUGGGGCACCCGACGAGACGAAGAGCAGCUUCAACAUGCAAAUCAUCAAGACGGUGCGUGUCUACGGCGAGCGCUUCAUCAGCGCCAUGUGCGAUGAUGCAAUUUGCGGCGAGCCUAGCAGCCAGGCGGCCGUGUACAUCUUAUUUAACGUGCUCGUCAACGUGGGCCGACAAGAGGGCGAUGAGUAUGUGGUGGACAUGCUGAACCGGCUCAACUUCAUCGGCAUCGCGGUGGACACGCUGCGCAGCGUCAUGGCGGACUGGCAUGGCGUGUGUGCGCGAGGCGACGCGGGCCAGCAGAACCACCUCGACGCCAAGUUGGCGCUGCUGCUGCAGCUGGCGCAGACGCGCGCGGGCGCGCAGUACGUGCUCCACGCUAGCAUCAUCCGCAUCGUCGAGCUGUCAGGCCUCUUUGCGGCCGACCCGGAGCUGCAGCAGUUGCGCGGCGACGACUCGCGUGCUCUCGAGCGCCACUAUGACCUGCUAGCUAAGAUUGUGCGCAUCAUUGGUGCGGCGCUCCUGUGCCGCGGCAGCCACAGCAUCGUGCAGGGGCGCAAGUUCCUCACCGACCACCGCAUGCUCGUCGCGCACACGCUCAAACGCAGCGCGGGCAUUGGCGCGCACGCGGACGGCGCCGACGGCACCGGGGUGCUUGAGAACAAGGUAGAGGAGCUGGCGGAUGCCUUUAUGGUGGUCAUUGCCGCGACGGGAUUCAUCGAGUUUGAUAACGAGGCGAUUCCGGAGCUAAAAACCACCCGCAAACUCUUCCAUUAG